AUAUCAUUCCUGUAAAAUCCUACAAUGCCAAGAGGCAUACUGUAGAUGUGUUUGGAUGGCCACCUUGAACCUCAUCUUGUGACGCGGCGAGCAGAUGUGUUUAGUGUCGCUGGAGAGAUGGCUGGCAGUACUUCCUUCCACCUUGCCCGCACCGUUGGUUAGUCUCUGAGAGUUACAGAGAGAAUAAUCAUUUGUUGCGCUCUCCUACAAACCUGACCCUGGCUUGGCAAGUUAUUUGUCCUGUUGGAGGUUCGGAGUGGAAAUUUUCCCAACGUAACCGCCCCUCUUUCAACAGAAUCUAUGAUAAGCGACCUUUACAAAUUGUGAGGAGCCAGUCGUGAGACGGCAAGCCCCCUGUAAAACGUACCCAGCGACCCAGCCAGAGAUUCGAUAUGACGACCGGCGUGGAGCUGUUAUUCGACGAGCUUGGACACUUCAAACGGUACCAAGCAUGUCUGUAUUUCGCUGCAGUAUUCCAAGCCACAGCCUGUGGGAUCCACUAUCUGGCGUCUGUGUUUUUGGUCGAGACGCCAAAGUUCCUCUGUGACUCGCCGGAGAACAUAACCGACGUUUUCUUCGGCAACCACACAGCAACCACUCUUCAGGACAUCUGGUCUGUGUACUCUCCAGGUAAAGGCCCCGUAGUUGUCCGAACAGCGGUCGGCCAGCAAUGGGAGCUAAGCCAGUGCCAGCGCGCGCUUCGAGUGGACGCAGGAGACGAACUUCGAUACGUUUUCAACGGCACAAAGACGGUGGAGGCGUGCGUCGGUGGGUUCGUGUACGACUUGAGCGAGGUGCACCAGAGCAUCGUGACCGACUGGGACCUGGUGUGUGAGCGUGAGUGGCUCGCCAAACUCACACAACCCUCUUUCAUGCUCGGUGUUCUUAUUGGAGCACUCCUCUUCGGAGACAUUGCGGACAGGGUUGGAAGGAAGCCCAUUCUGAUGGCCACCAGCCUGUGUCAGUUCCUAUUUGGAUUGGCGGUGGCCUUCACAGGAAACUACUACCUUUUUGUGGCGAUGCGUUUCCUCCUUGCCAUGGUGUCCAGUGGCUACCUGGUAGUCGUGUUCGUCUAUGUGACGGAGUUCACGGGCAGUAAGGUGCGCACGUGGACGUCCCUGCACGUGCACGCAGCGUUCGCGGUGGGCAUCAUGGUGGUGGCACUGGUGGGCUACCUGGUGCGCGUGUGGUGGGUGUACCAGAUCAUCCUGACGCUCAGCACCUCCCCCUUCCUGCUCUUCUGCUGGAAGUUCCCAGAGACGCCCUUCUACCUCAUGGCCAAGGGGCGGCACCAGGAGGCCCAGGAGCUGCUGGACACCAUCGCCAACUUCAAUGGCCUCCCCGCCACACUCAAGGUCUCUGACCUCAUGGAGUCGGACGCUACUGAGGUGGCUCCUAUGGUGGAGAAGGAGGGCCAGGCUGCAGUGGCAUCCACCCCCCCUGCCCAGCCCAGCAAGCCAGAGCAUAAGAUAAGCAUCCUGGACCUGUUCGGCAGCUACAAGAUGGCCAUCCGCACGCUCAUCUGCUGGUCCAUCUGGUUCGUCAGCAGCCUGGGCUACUACGUGUUCAGCCUGGGCUCUGUCAACCUGGGGGGCAACCAGUACAUCAACCUCUUCCUCGCAGGUGCGGUGGAAAUUCCCUCCUACCUGAUUGGCUGUUUUGCGAUGGAUCGUGUGGGUAGGAAGAGGACCUGUGCUCCAGCUCUUCUGCUCAGUGGAGUGGCCUGCAUGCUCAUCAUUGUGGUGCCAAGCGACAUUGGGGUAUUAGCGGUUGUGCUGAGCAUGACAGGCAAGUUUGCUAUAGCCAUUGCCUUUGGCCUCAUCUACCUAUACACCUGUGAGCUCUACCCCACCGUCAUCAGAACUCUGGCUGUAGGAUGUGGGAGUAUGAUGUGCAGGGUGGGCAGUGUGGUGGCUCCGUUCUGUGUGUACCUGGCUGACAUCUGGAUCUACACGCCACAGCUCGUUGUGGGUGUGCUGGCCUUCAUCAUUGGUCUCACCUUGUUCCUGCCGGAGACUCUGGGGCAGCCUCUCACCUCCACACUGGAGGAGGCUGAGGCCCUGGGCUCCAAGCCCGCUAAGGAUGCAGCCAAGACGGGCAGCCCCGCCGCUGAGGAGGGCCUGGAGCUCAAACAGCACCACACCAAGGCCUGAACACAGGGAUGGACGGAGGGAGAGGGAGUCGGUGGGUAGGCGAGAGGGUGAAAGAUAUGGAAUUGUGCUUAUAGCUGUUUGUUGAAAGAAUGGCAAAAUAGAAACAAACAUUUGAC